GCAGGGUGACACGUGAAACUUUCUCGAGGAGUUGCUUGGUGUGUUCGCGGUGUGCGGAGCUAAGCGUCGUGGACCAGCGUGCUGCUGCUUAUUUUAGUUGUGUUUUUUUUAAAAGAAACUCUGCCUGUAAAUGGGGGCAAAAAACGAAGGCGACCUGAGGAAACUGCAGAGGAAAAGUCCCAACUGCGCUGCAAUGAGUCCGCACGGCAACCCCGAAUUAACGGAAUAAAAAAAAAAAAAAAAAAAAAAGUUCACAGAAGUUCAACCGCUUUGCUCGACUUUGGGUUGAAUAUUUAAAAAAAAAAUUAAAAACCCCGCAGUGGCCUCUGGAGAAGUUGCUGAGCGGCGUCAUGGCUGCCCAGUGCGACGCGCUGUGCAGAUACUUGCAGCAGUCGGACCAGGGCUCCAACAGCGAGCGGAGCGCCGACUCCCCCCUCCCGGGGUCGGAGGAGGACCUGAGCGGACUCCAUCCGCCGCCGGACCCGGAGUGGACAGAGGAGAGGUUUCGGGUGGACCGUAAGAAGUUGGAAGUCAUGUUGUUAGCUGCCUCCGAGGGGAGAGUCAACGGAGGGGAGGAUUUCUUUCAGAAGAUCAUGGAUGAGACCCAAACGCAGAUCGCCUGGCCCUCCAAACUGAAAAUCGGAGCAAAGUCCAAAAAAGAUCCUCACAUCAAGGUGUGCGGGAAGAGGGAGAAUGUGAGGGAAGCCAAAGACAGAAUUAUGUCCGUCCUCGACACAAAGAGCAACAGGGUAACUCUGAAGAUGGACGUCUCUCACACGGAGCACUCUCACGUUAUUGGAAAAGGUGGCAACAACAUCAAGAGGGUGAUGGAGGAGACGGGUUGCCACAUCCACUUCCCAGACUCCAACAGGAACAACCAGGCCGAGAAAAGCAACCAGGUGUCCAUCGCAGGGCAGCCGGGAGGCGUGGAGGCAGCUCGAGUAAAAAUACGGGAGCUGCUCCCUCUUGUGCUGUCUUUCGAGCUUCCCGCCAUCAUGCAGUCUGACCCCGGCUCCCCGACUGUGCAGCACAUCUCUCAGACCUACAGCCUCACCGUCUCCUUCAAGCCCCCGACCCGCCUCUACAGGGCCACCGGCGUGGUCCGCGGCUCACAGAACAACGCCCCUUCCGUCAAGAGGGGCACAGCUCUGCUGUUGGAGCAUUUGGCUGGCAGCCUGGCGAGCACCAUCUCCAUCACCACCCACCUGGACAUCGCGCCGCAGCACCACCUCUUCAUGAAGGGCCGCAACGGCAGCAACAUCAAGCACAUCACCCAGCGAACGGGAGCCCAGAUUCACUUCCCCGACCCCAACAGCCCCCAGAAGAAAUCCACGGUCUACAUCCAGGGCACCAUCGAAUCGGUCUGCCUGGCACGGCAGUACCUCAUGGGCUGCUUGCCUCUGGUGUUAAUGUUUGACAUCAAAGAAGACAUCGAGGUGGAUCCCCAGUGUAUCACAGCACUAAUGGAGCAGCUCGAUGUCUUCAUCAGUAUCAAACCGAAGCCGAAACAACCCAGCAAGUGUGUGAUAGUCAAGAGCGUGGAGAGGGAAUGCGAGUGAACAUGUACGAAGCCCCGAAAUUUCUCUUUUGGUCUGGAGAGCAACGGGGUGUCGUCGUCUUCCUCCGUGGCGCUGAAUCCCUCCGCGAACGUCCCGUCCCCGUUCCCUCAUCUGCCCGUCGGCCUGGACAUCCUGGCCUCAGCUGGCCUGGGGCUGAGCAAUCUGGGUUUCCUGGGAGCGGCGGCGGCGGCGGCGGCCCACUCCCUCAGCAACUCUGCUGCACCCAACGCCGUCCUCAACAGCUUGAAUUCCUCCAUGAGCCCUCUGCAGAGCACCGGCCAGAGCACCCCGACACCCACCCCGUCCCUCUGGCCCAGCUCACUCACCAGCACCCAAGGCUUCUCAUCUCAGCUGCUGCUGCACCCUGCUGCCCAGGCCACCCUGAGUAGCAUCCUGCUGUCAGGUGUUCAGGGCUACACGCAGAAUACACCGUCUCCUCCACCCGGCCUCGCCCCAAUAGAUCUGCAACCCAACGGGGUCCCCGACUGCUCCAAGGGCUCCUGCUCCCUCAAUGGACACGUCAAGCAUUCUGGCUCCGUCUAUGGGAGGAUGGGGACGGCGUCACUCGCAGAAACGGUUUUGAGUCCGGCCCCGUGUGACUCGGUCCAGGAGGCCGGUGGACACAAUCCUUCAAAGCCGCGGUCUAGCAAGUCUGACCCAGAUGAAGGUUCGGACACGUUUGUGGAAGUGGGCAUGCCCAGAAGCCCCUCGCACUCCGCCAACGGAAGUGAGCUGAAACAGAUGCUGGCUUCAUGCAAGACGUCAUCGGGGAAGCGGCAGGCCGUGGAGCUGCUGCAGGGCACCAAGAACUCGCAUCUACACUCUGAUUGUCUCCUCUCGGACGCCGAGUCCAGCUCGUCAGACAGCCCCGUGGCCGAUAAGAGGGCGCCGGGCAGCGAGCGGGCGGCUGAGAGGGCAGCGCAGCAGAACGAGAGGGAGCGAAUUCGACUGGUACCAGGGACCUCCUUGGCCAACAUACAGGCGUUUGACUAUGAACAGAAGAAGCUGUUGGCAACCAAAGCCAUGCUAAAGAAGCCCGUGGUGACCGAGGUGCGGACUCCCACCAACACCUGGAGCGGUCUGGGCUUCUCAAAGUCCAUGCCGGCCGAGACCAUCAAGGAGCUGCGAAGAGCCAAUCACGUUCCAUACAAGCCGAGCAUGAGCACCACCUUCGAGGACUCCCCGCUGUCCCUGUCUCGAUCCAACAGCCGGGAGGGCCUCGGCAACGGCAGCGACUCCGACAACUGGCGAGACAGGAACGGCGGCAUUAACGGCCUCCCGUGUCACGCCGAGUUCCCCUCCGCUGUCGGCAGCCCCAAGAGGAAGCAGAACAAAUCCGCUGCGGAGCAUUACCUCAGCAGCAGCGGCAACUACAUGGACUGCAUCUCCUCGAUAACCGGCAGCAACGGCUGCAGUCUGAACUCGCCUCUGAAAGGCUCCGACCUGCCCGAGCUCUUCAGCAAGCUGGGCUUAGGGAAGUACACGGACGUCUUCCAGCAGCAAGAGAUCGACCUCCAGACGUUCCUGACUCUAACAGACCAGGACCUGAAGGAACUGGGCAUCACCACCUUUGGGGCCCGCAGGAAAAUGCUGCUCGCCAUCUCAGAACUAAACAAGAACCGGAGGAAACUAUUCGAGCCGCCCAUCAGGUCCUCUUUCCUGGAAGGGGGAGCCAGCGGCCGCCUCUCCCGUCAGUUCCACGCUGACAUAGCCAGCGUGAGCGGGCGAUGGUAGGUGACUGCAGACCUACGACCGUCCACGAUGGAGACACCAAGCGCCUCAACAGCCCUGGCUUGAGCUGAAUGAAGACUGACAAACGUUUUUGUUGCCAUAUAGUAUAAAUAUAUAUAUAUGUUUAAAAAAAAGCCAUAGUUUUACCUGAAGUGCCAUCAAGAAAGAAGGGAUUUUUUUUCUGAAGCAUAAAGUUCAGUGUUCACUCCUAAUUGAGCCAUUGAGUCUCUCUGGAGCAUUUAUAUAUGAAGGUUUGUUGUUAUGGUUCUGAUGAAGGGUACUGUCCAGUAUUUCUGUCCAAUUUUCAUUCAAGGGAACAGGCAGAAGUAUUAGUACAAUCAUUUUACACUUUGAUACGGCCUGCAUUUGUAGUAUGCUGUUUUAUCAGUGACAUGCACUUUAAUAUUACUAGACUUUUGCCUGUGAGAGCCUAAUUCAUUGGAUUCAAAUAACUAUGCUUUGUUUCUUUUUUUUUCCUUUUUUUCUAUUGACUAAAAGCACAGUUGCAUUUUGUACCAAACCAAAUAUAAGCACUUACCAGUGAGUUUAGUGCGCCACCAAAUCUGUCCGCGUCAAAUUGGUGACUUAAUCACCCAUAACAAAUACCAAAGGAAAGUAUCGUUGUGGUCUUUGCCCUUUGGAUGCCUUCGUGUUUUCAUUGGUGGACAUUCCUGAGGUCCGUGUUUGUGUCCUCAGUCUGUUUGUAUGUCUGUGUUUACUAGACAAAAAAAAUCUAAUAUUUUGUACUCUCUCUAUAUUAUGAUUAUUUAGUUUUUAUUACCAUUUUAGGGCGAUGAGUAGGAUGUUUAACGGUAAUCAGUUUACAUUUGUAUUUUUUUAUACAUUGAGUUUGUUAUUUUUGUAAUUAGAUUAUUAGUAUCUCACCAUCUUACUUUCCUGACUUUUUUUUUUUUUUUUUUUAAAUCUGUGGAGCCGUAAUGUGGCUGUGCCAUGAGACGCGAGGCAGUUAGGCAAAGCUUUAGAAGUCCUCGCUCUGAUUGUGUCACCAGGCCUCUUCUAUGGCUCUCCUGUUUGUUUAUAGUACGUGGCCUUUUGUCAGAAUCUGUUAUGUGUCCCCGUUGGCCUCCCUGUGGCCCCCUCGUGUGUGCCGGAAAUCUCACACAAGCCCUCCUCCGCGUAUCCAGACCUCCAGUUGCUAUGCUGGAACUCUCUGUGCCCCUUCUGUCUUCCUAUAAACUGGCUCUUCCAUUUAGAGCAAGGAAGGACCUAUCGGAGGAAGGUCAUGUUGUUCAGAAGGUCCGAUGUACACAGCUGUUUUUUUUUUUUUUUGUUUGUUUGUUUUCAGCAGGUAGAUAUUUGGUUAAGAACACAAAUGUCUUCUGGUCUGAGCUUCUCCAGUAGGAACCAGUGCACUCACAGCCAAAUUGGUGUCAUAUGAGAAUAUCUGCAAGAGACGGAAAACAAGAAAUCAAAAUCCUCACCGAUUUUAGGAGGAAAACAAAUAGGAAUCUGGAAUCCUCUGUUGUCAGUCGUGCACUCUAAUACCCAGGAAGCGGAGUUAAGCAGACUUUAAUGAAGGAACCGGAUCAUGCGUGCGGUAGCCGUGUUUAUCAUAAAGGCUUGUUCUGUAUUCUCUUCGGUCAUGUGUUGGGAAAAGGAUGUUUUCCUUUUCCAACAAUUCAUUAACUGUGGAUAUCUCAAGUGUUAUUCCGAAGAUUCAUGAGGAUUCGGCCUCCGAACCGAACCGACCCAAAGUCUUUGGAUCAAGUGCAACUAAGUGCCUCUUUGUAAACCUUUUCCUUUUUUUUUUCUUUGCUGUACGAAGUUUCUAAAAUCGUAAUGCUGACAAAAGUCGUAUCUUUGUUUAAAUGAAAGUACAGUGUUUAUAACCGACUGGGUAUGUGAAGGAAAUCAUCCCGGUCGAGUCGCCAAAUUUAACUACAAAAAGGGCAACCGCAGUCAUCACGUGGCCUCGUACAGAGAGACGGUUAAUUUGUUCCCCCCCCCCCUCUUUUUAAGGGGAGUUGUUGUUGUUGUUUACCACGUUCCCACCUCCAUUCUCUCCAACCUGGUCGUCAAAAAGCACUACUCUAAAUGAGGAUCUGGCGCGGUUGCCGACUUCAACCGGGGAAUUGUCAUUGAGAACGCUAAUCUAGACGGGGAUAGCUUAUCCUGAGAGGAGACCCCCCCCACCCCCCACCCCCCCACUCAUCAUGGUACUACAUUGAAACUGUUGAGCACUGAUUCCACCAGUGCUGUGACGCGUGUUCCUGCCUCGCAGACAUUUGUUUUUCAUCCCUCACCUUGUUCCCGAUGCUUUCGCUCGGAGGGCAGAGGAGUUCUUGUCUUAUCAAGUGAAUGUUUAAGAAUAAAAAAUAAUAAUAUAGAUGCACGUUAUUGCAAAUUUAUCACGGAUCAUUGAAGGGACUGGAGUCGAAACGUUUACUGCCAGCUUGUCUAGUCUUUUCCCUCUGAUGGAGUAGAUUCACAAUUAUGUCUUUGAUUGGUUCUAUUCAUUUUGUUGUUCCCAAAGGGAUUUAUUUGAAGGAGUCUUUGUACUGCAAUCGAUUGGUACAUUUAUAAUAAAUGUAAACCACUAAGGAUAAUCCAUAACUUUUUGUACAACUUUUUCAUCUUAUGCAACCAUUGUUUUAUUGUGUGAGAAAGGUACAAUUCUGCACAAACUUCCACAGAAGAAUUUGUGUACAAACAUGCCAUGUGGCCAAAGCUCUGUUCAAUGUGGCAUCUGUUGAUGCUAUUGUUCUAAUUGUAUUAUAUUACAGAUAUAAACGGGACAUUUUGGAAAACUGUCAAGCAGGCCAAAAAAUGCAUUCAAAUAUUAUGAAGGUAAUAAAUGUAUGCAAACAAAGUC